UAUAUCCCUACAUCCUCUCUUAUGUGCCCAACCAAACAAGUAAAAGAAAUUGCCUAAAAACGAGACUCUUUAACUUACAAAACUCUUCUCAUCUCUCUUCUCUUCUUACUUCCCUUCUACGCUUCGUUUUCUGCGUCACAAAAACGUCUUUAAAUACUGCUCAAGCUACUCUUCAUCUUCAUCCAUUUCCCACCAUUCAACAACAAGAAGCCUAAACCCAACGAAAUAGAAGCCAAACCAUGCCUUCCGAAGCCACCAGGCCCUGUCCCAUCAAAACCGUGGUGCUUUUGGUCCAAGAAAACCGUUCCUUGGAUCAUAUUCUGGGAUGGAUGAAGAUCCUUAACCCAGAAAUUAAUGGCGUUUCAUCAGGAGACGAAUUCUAUAACUCACUCUCCACGACCGAUCCCAAUUCAAAGAAGGUUUACUUUGGGGACCAGUCUGAGUACGUAGACCCUGACCCAGGUCACUCGUUCCAGGACAUUUACGAACAGGUCUUUGGCAUACCUUGGGGACAGUCUUCUUCGCGUGAGCAGGCUGUGAAGAUGAAUGGGUUUGCUCAGAAUGCAGAGAACACACAGAAGGGUAUGUCGGACACAGUCAUCAAUGGUUUUAGACCCGAAGCCGUACCAGUUUACAGGGAACUGGUUUCGCAGUUUGCUGUGUGUGACCACUGGUUCGCUUCAGUCCCCUCUUCAACACAGCCAAACAGGCUUUUUGUGCAUUCUGCAACUUCGCAUGGUUUAAUCAGCAAUGACACGAAGAGGCUGAUCGAAGGUUCCCCACAGAAGACGAUAUUCGAGUCACUGGAUGAGGCUGGGUUCUCUUUCGGGAUAUAUUAUCAGUAUCCUCCUUCUACGCUUUUCUACAGGAACCUUAGAAAACUGAAGUACAUAAAGAAUUUCCACCAGUUUGAUAUGAAUUUCAAGAGUCACUGCAAAGAGGGGAAGUUGCCUAACUAUGUGGUGGUAGAACAACGAUAUUUUGAUUUAAAAUUGUUGCCAGGGAAUGAUGAUCAUCCCUCACACGAUGUAUCAGAGGGACAGAAAUUUGUGAAGGAGGUUUAUGAGGCACUGAGAGCAAGUCCACAGUGGAAUGAAAUCUUAUUCAUAAUCACAUACGACGAGCAUGGCGGAUUCUAUGACCAUGUCCCAACUCCUACUGGAGUCCCAAGCCCAGAUGACAUUGCAAGUCCUGGGCCAUUUUACUUUAAGUUUGAUCGCCUCGGCGUUCGGGUGCCUGCCAUCUUCAUUUCUCCAUGGAUUGAGCGAGGAACAGUGUUGCACAGACCUUCAGGACCAUAUCCUUCUUCAGAGUUCGAACACUCUUCCAUUCCAGCAACAGUGAAGAAGAUUUUCAAUCUGAAAGAGUUUCUGACAAAGCGUGAUGCAUGGGCUGGAACUUUUGAGACUGUAUUGACGAGGGAGAGUCCAAGAACAGACUGCCCAGUGACUCUGCCACAGCCCCGGAAAUUGCGAUCAGGUGAUGCAAAUGAAGGAGCAAAGCUAAGUGAGUUUCAAGUGGAGUUGGUGCAGUUGGCAGCUGCACUGAAAGGGGACCAUAGAAAGGACAUUUAUCCAAACAAGCUUGUCGAGAAGAUGACGGUUAAAGAUGCCGUCAGUUACUGCAAAGACGCCUUCAAGAAAUUCUUAGAAGGAUGUGAGAAAGCCAAGAAGAACGGGGCUGAUGAAUCUGAGAUUAUUGUGUUACCUUCACUACCGCCUUCGAAGAAUUCAACUCCAGUAGUCGAACAACCACCUCCCAAGUCAAAGUCUUUCGUCCACAAAAUGUUUGCUUGUUUUGCUUGCAAUAACUAAAAAAGUGUUCAAUUCAUGGAAUACCUUCCAUUAAUUCUCUGUAUUUAUUAGAAUCUACAGCUAGACUGAGUGGGUUCUAUUAGAAAUCACCUUGCCAUGUACAAACUUCCUUCCAUGACAUACAAUCAAUUGAUUGUAGAAAGAAUAAAGUUGUG